CCCACACCCAUACGGCAGGUCACAGCUGUCUGUAAGUCCAGCUCCAGGUGAUAUGAGACAUAUACAUACAGGCAAAACACUCAUACACAUAAAACAAAAUAAAAUUGUAAAAAAGGAAGAAAGAGAGUUGACUGAGUAUGAGCGGAAGGAAGGCAAGGCAGGUCCUCAGUGGUUCUUGCUUCCAGGUUCCUGCCUGAGUUGCGGCCCUGACAUCCGGAAGUGAAUGACAGAUAAACUUCCUCCUCUAGUUGGUUUUGGUCAGAGUUUUAUCACAGUUAUAGAAAAGGAGACCAGGACAAUACUCAAGAAAUUUCCCAGGCAAAGCUUUUUACCCAGUUUCAAGUGAUCUCACACUGUGCUGGUCAGGAGUCACCAAACUCUAACCUGCCCGGUGUUCUGGAAAAUGCCAGGAGUUGCGUUUCCAGGUGUUCUGCAGUUGGCUCUUUCUCAGCAGGAUGUAAGAGCUCCAGGAGUGGGGGUCAGGGAGUGAGUGGGGCAUACGAAGCUGAGUACACUUAGAGCGUUUGCUUUUGUUUCUUGUUUUUUUUGCAAUAAGUAACUAGGAAAUCUGGUCAGCUGCCAAUCAACAAAUAUGAAACCAUUUCUUGAAGCUCAGUUUACAAAGAAGGAAAUGUAAUAAGUAGUUGAAGAUGCCCCAACCAAACCCACUGUUUCUGUGAACGGACUUGGAUUCUGAAGGCUCGUUGCCUGGUGACUACAGUUAGCAGCGAAGCAGCUUUGGAACCUAAGGAACCAAGGAAGGUUCACAAGGCAGAACCUUUUGCUUCUCUUGAAGACUGUACUGUAGGAUGCUGUUCCACUCAGAGGGUAAUUUCAAACCACCGCAGCUUUAGCAGGAUCUGAAGUCUUCAUCAGCGUCAGCUGCAUGGGGACAGGGUAGACAGGUAACUGAGAAGGCUGAGCUGUAUAGAAGAGACAGCAGACAGCUACAGACCUGCAAUUAUACAGGUCCUGCUUGUGAACCAGCCGUGCGGCCAGGAGGCCUGGAAGGGAAACAUGACCAGGCCCCAACAGAAAAAGGCUUCCUCCGUCCCGUGCCCCGAGUCACAACUCCCUCGGCUGCGAUGGGGCAUGAUCUUCCUCUACUCAAAAUCCACCGACCAGGUGGGGUGCACCUCCGUCUCCAGAGUGCCACCUCUCUUCCGCUUCAGCCCUCGGUACUGUGAGCAUCUCAAGAACCAGUAUCUGAAAAGGGCGGCGGCCGACCUCUCCUUCUCUCCGGAUGUGAGGUGGCAGCGAGGCCUGCCCAGCAUGCCUUUCUAUCAGUACAGUUUUAAGCACAUCUACGACACGGAUGACAUCAUCCCGCCUCUGCAGGCCAGGAAGACCCACACCGAGAAACCUGGCUACGCCAGGGCCCUGCACAUCCCAGCCCGCUUGGCAGGAGGCGCCACCCGUUUUGCCAAGACACAAAGCCCCGCGCGUUCUAAAAAGAAGCUUAAGAAAAUAAGAAAGCCGGGAGGCCUGGACCAGAACCCAUCUCCCCCACGCCCCCGCUAUGUCCGCUUGAAGCCAGAUCCACUGGACCUGUCGCCCUCCCCAGAUGAGAUUCUGGAGGAAAGGGAGACCUGGCUUCCACCUGGUGAGAAGGAGGCCCGGGGCUGGGAAGCCAUCGUGCUGGAGAAGCUGGACAAGCGGACGGCGCGAUGGAUCCAGAGCAAGCGCCCGCUGAGGCCGGGGCAGUCGCCCAACAAAUGGCAGAGCUUCCUGCGCCAGCAGUACGACUGGAGCCACAUUCGCGAUGAGCUCACCUCCGAGAGCGACCUGGAUCUCCUCAAGAAGCUGGAGGCCGAAGAAAUAGCGGAAUUUGAGGGUGAAAAUGUCGCCCCGGCCCACAAAGAAGUCAAGAAGCCGGAGCUGCUGCUUCCCGUCUUCUACAGGUUGCCUGGACACUCCCCAGAAGUACAGACAGUCGAAAUCCUGCCUGGGAACAACAUGACGGCCGAGGAGAUCCAAGAAGAGAGAAGCAACUUCCAGUCUCCCACUCCGAACCCCUUCCGGCAGGUGAACCCCAGAGCCGGAGAGUUUGCCUACUCUACAGACAACACCUUCGAGCAGGAGAUUUAUUUUGACGGAGUGAAGAUCGUUCACCAGAUUGGUGGGAAGAAAGACCAAAUCGUCUUGGAAAACCUCAAUCGGUACGACAAGCACCUCUCUAAGAUCUUCCCUGAAACCCCAGAAAAGUGGAGUUUACAGCCUGUUCCUGAAGCACCUUAUAAGCUCAGGAAAGGAACCCAGCGUUGGAUCGCUUUGCCUACCCCGGUCAAGAGCCUCCUGCUGCAGGUGGGUGAGAAGGACGAGUCUGCCAAGACUAGGAGAGUGAAGAAGCCGGUCCAGCCCCUGAAGGAGGACGUGACUUGGGAGUUGGCGGUGCUGCGGAAGAUGCUGCAGGAGUGGAAGACUGCCUGGGCACUCAUUAUUGAAUGGCAUCACGAGACAGUGGAAAACCUAUUGCGGGGCAUCGUCAACAUGUAUGAUGACAUAAGGAUCCAGGCCAUCGUCACAUGUGCCACCGCUGCUUUGGAAAGGCCUCGGAUUGCCACCAACCAGGAGGACCCAGAACCAGUUAUUCCGGACUUGCCAGAGGCCCUCCUGCCUGCUCUAGAGGCUGUUCUGUCUGACAAGAACCCCAAUGUGAGGAUGGCAGCAGCGAUAUGUCAAUACGCCAUACAGUCACACAACCCCACUGCCCGGGACAUCAUGCAGACUGCCCUUGUGAAGGGUAAUAGUGUGGACAGCUGGGCUGCUGCUCAGUGCUUGGCUAUGGAAGGCAUUGCCACCUACCCAGUGAUCAAGAGGAUCCUCUACCAGCUCUUUAACAAGAAGAAUGAGGCCACUGAGGAACAGGCCUGUAACCUCCUGAGCCAUCUCAGUGGAAAGACGACCCUGAUCCACACAAUGCUUGCUGUGGAGCUGAACAGCAGGCAAUGGAGGGACCGCAUCGUGGCCUGCCGUGCUUUCUCCCGGAUCAGUGGGAAAAUCUGCAUUGAUAUGAAACAUAAAUUAAUCCAUCUGAUGUGGAAUGACUGGAACAAGGAAGUAAGACAAGCAGCUGCCAAAGCUCUGGGGCAAAUGAACCUUGGGAAAGAGGUACAUGACAUGAUCAGGAUUAAGCUGAGUCAAGGAAAUUUCCAGGAUCGGAUCGAGGCCCUCUCCCUGAUCCGUGUGCUCAAGGUCAUGACAGCCAAGCUUCUCCCAAGCUUCCUGAACUGCUUCUCUGAUGAGUUCAUAUCAAUUCGACAGGCAGCUUGUUCGGCAGCAGGUGCCCUGCAGAUCCGUGACAAGAUGGUGCUUGAAUGCCUCCUGAAUCUGAUGAACAGAGAUCCCUACUGGAAAAUCAAGGCUUUUGCCAUUCGAGCUUUGGGACAGAUUGGGCAAGUGAGUCCCCAGCUGACAGAUCUUCUGCUCUGGGCUAUCCACUAUGAAGAAGCACCAGGUGUGCGGCUGGAAGCUUGCCGGAGCAUCCUAGCCCUCAAACUUCAAGGAAACCAGGUCAGGGACACCUUUCUAGAUGUGCUGCUCCUGGAGGACCACGAGGCUGUCCUUAAGGAAAUUUACCAGACAAUGACAGCACUCAACUUAGAAAAGGAAGGCAAUCAAGAAAUGCUUCAGGAGAUCAAGAAGAAGAUUGAAACACUAAAUCAAAAGGACUUGCUGACGGAGAAAAUAUUGAAGAUGGAAGUAGCCAUAAAAAUUGUGAAGAGAAAAGCGAGACACAUCUAUUCACCACCCAGAGAGGGUCAAAGCCCACUGGAACUUGAAACUUUUCUUCAAGAAAUUUUUGACAAUGAAGAGAUUCCUCCCAGAAGGAAGUCUGAGCUCUGUGACACUCAAACAGCCAUAAAGGUAAACAUAACCACACUGACGCUUAGCAAGAGUGUGUUGCCCAAAGUGCCGAGUCCCUGGCUACAGAGUCCUAUUGUACAACUCCCCAAACCAAGAAGUCACUCACCGUUUUUCAGGGAUCUACGGACUGCCCGGGAAAAAAGGAUUGAAAAAGGGCCCUUCGGAUCCGACACAGAUCUCUAGCUGGGCAAAUUACUCAGAGAAGGUUGUCUUCCAGCACCAAUCUUCUCUCUGUAGGGGGAAAUCUGCUCCUGUCUAGGCUGAAUGCUUCCCUUACUCUUAGGUACCGGCAGCAGUGGACAGGCUCCACUCUGUGUCUUCCAUUGAUACUGUACAAUAUCCUCACUUUACAAAGAUAAACUAUUUAUCAAACAGCUUUA